AUGAAUCCUAUCUCGUUUCCAACAUCGUUAUCGGAUGAAGAACACGCAUUGAAAGAAAUCCACGAAAAAUUAAAGUUGAUGCGACGUCUUUUGGCUGAGCGCAAAAAUGCGGCCGCAGGAGAAGUGUCCAGUAUCGAAAAGAACAGAGUCAAAAAAUCUGUGGAAGAUGCAGCUGUUGCGACAGAAGAGCUCAAAAAGAAAGUCAUUGCUGGUGCGAUAACAGUAAAGAAAGUCAGUGAGAAGCAUACUUUCAAGCGUGCUAAAGUCGAUAGGAAAGCUCGUACGAACAGCGCUUGUGAGGAAGGUGAAAUUGACUGUGACAAUAUACUGUUAAUGUUCGUUCUAGUCUUCCUCGGAAGCGCCUCCGAGUCCCAAUACUUCAACAACUUCUUCAGCCGAUACAGUGAGUACGUAGCGAAGCCUCUGCACUUUGUGAUGCAUUCGCAGUGUUGGGAUUCCACAUUAUAA